GAGAGGGUUCACCUUGGCGCCUUCGAAUGGUCACCGCUACCUCAUCGUCGCUUGGAUCUUCCUCGGAAUUUUGGUGGCGCUUGUGGCCUUGGCCUUCUCACCCGAGCCGCAGGUGUCCAGCUGGCUCCGAAAGUUUGCCAUACUCGUGUGCUCUGCAUCCUACAUCAACGGGGGCAUCUCGAAAAGUCUGAACAGCCAUCCAUUCCUGAACUGGCUCGGUGGCGAAGCGCUGCAGAAAGCCACCUUCUGCAACGCAGCCGUCUUCAACGCCUACAAGGGGGUCCCUUUUCCGUGGCUCUCAAGGCAUGUCGCCGAGGAGAUUUCUUGGGCUCGGCUCCUCUGCGCUUUCAACCUCCUGCUGGAGCUUCCCCUGUCUUUCUUCGCGCUCUUGGGCGUGGGCUGCUUUGGGAAGCUUGGCCCGUUGCGGAUGCUUUGGUGCUUUGCUGCCUGCUGCUUCCACUGCGGUGUGAACUUGAUCUGGGGAAGCAUGCAGGCCAGCAUGUACAACUUCGAGACGUGGAUCAUCCUGGUGCUCGUGGUGGACGUCUGCGGGAAGGGCCUCGUAUGGCCAGCGUCCAGCGCGACGACAUCGGGAGCUAAGGCAGCUUUGCCAGCGUCACCUGCAGCUUCCCAGGACACCUUGACGGCGCUCUCGCUGAUGUGCUCCUCGUGUCUUUUCGCCUGGAUGACCGUCGCACUUCUCCACCAUUUCGAUGAUCCCAAGUGGCCAAUCACUUCGGUACCCAUGUUCUCGAUGCUUUGUGGCACCAUGGGCUGCGACGAGAGCUAUCGCUCAAGCACCUACCAACUGCCAGGGUAUUUGGCAAUCGUGCUGAGUCUGGCAGGCACAUCCAUCGUCUUCAUGCAACCACCAGCAGCUGGCAAAUCUACGGCUUAG